GGUCCAGAAUUCACCACAUCUAAGGUGUUUCAUUUUUGCUGGCAAAGAUGAGGAAGAGGUGGAGCCUGGAAGACUUCCGACUUCUUUUUGCCUGUGGGCUCUGCCUUCUUUUUAUGGAGGGAAGUAAAACGGAACAAGGGAAAUAUCCAGAGACCUACUGUGUGUUUCAAGAUAAGAAGUACCGCGUAGGAGAAAGGUGGCAUCCGUACCUGGAGCCCUACGGCAUCGUUUACUGCGUUAACUGUCUCUGCUCUGAGAAUGGAAACGUGCUGUGCAACAGAAUACGAUGCCCAGCCCUCCACUGCUCUACCCCAGUCCAUGUGCCUCAGCUGUGCUGCCCACGCUGUCCAGAAGAUUCCCUCUUUUCCAUGGGCAGUAAGGUCACAGGGAAGUCGUGUGAAUACAAUGGCACAACGUACCACCAUGGAGAAAUGUUUGUGGCAGAUGGACUCUUUCAGAACAGACAGGCCAACCAAUGUGCCCAGUGCAGCUGCUCCGAAGGAAACGUCUACUGUGGUCUGAAGACAUGCCCCAAGUUAACGUGUUCUUCUCCAACGUCUGUGCCUGACUCAUGCUGCCCAGUUUGCAGAGGGGAUGGGGAAUUAUCGUGGGACAGCUCAGACGGCGACAUCUUCCGGCAGCCGGCAAACAGAGAAGCGAGACACUCCCCUCACCGCUCCCAUUAUGACCUGCCUCCCAGCAGUGCCAGGCAAGCCUUCCAUGUGCCACGAUUCAGUGGCGGCCGAAGCAACCGAGGAGCCCUCCCAGACCUGCAGCAGGCCUCCGGGACCAUCGUACAGAUUGUCCUCAACAACAAACACAAGCACGGACGAGUGUGUGUCUCCAAUGGAAAAACCUACUCCCACGGGGAAUCCUGGCACCCAAACCUCCGGUCCUACGGGAUCGUGGAGUGUGUCCUAUGCACCUGCAAUGUGACCAAGCCGGAGUGUAAAAAAAUCAGUUGCCCGGAUCGGUAUCCCUGCAAGCAGCCCAAGAAGAUCGAAGGGAAAUGCUGCAGAGUCUGCACAGAAGAGACUGAAAACCAGCACCUUGACCACAAAGAUUAUUUCUGCGGUGAAGAGACCCUUCCUGUCUAUGAAGCCGUUUACAUAGAGGAUGGAGAAACCAUCCGAAAGAUAGCAGUGAAGACAGAGAAGCCGCCACAGGUAGAAAUCCACUUGUGGACCAUUAGGAAAGGAGUCCUCAGUCGUUUUGAUACAGAGAAAGUAUCCAAGGAGAAGUUUGAUGAACUUCCUCACUUCAAGCAGAUCACAAGGACUACCCUGAGUCAAUGGAAGAUAUUCAGCGAAGGAGAAGCUCAGAUCAGCCACAUGUGCAGAAGCAGGGUGUGCAGAACUGAACUGGAGGAUUUGGUCAAAGUUUUGUAUCUCGAAAAGUCUGAAAAGGACCACUGUUAAGGGCGCAUCGGAGCGGGAGACCCGAAGGAACCUGGCAAAGGCUUGGAUCUGCUGCUGGACCGCCGGCUUGUCUUGCUUGUGCCGCCAGUGCCCUGGAAACCAAACUCUUCAUGCGCGUCAAUACUCUCAUCUCAUGCCCAAUGCAACUUGCUGCUUUAUGCAUAGACCUGUGCCAGCCCCAGCAACUACGUUUCUGCAAAAGAGCAGGAGGCUCUGAGUCACUGGCAGAAGCAAAGGGGAGGGCUUAACUUCAACUAGAGUGUCCUUGCUUUACGGGGUUGAACCCGGAUCGUUUGCGGCAAGCUGAACGGUCCAGAGACAGAUUGAUCGAGGUGCAGAAGUUGAGGGAGACCAGGACUUCUACUGCCUGGAAGUCUCAAAAGGACGCACGUUGGUUUUCCAGCUGGGAAAGAAAAACAAAGCGAAUGGUGUUUGUGAGUUUGAAAAUGCAAAGCUAAACUGCAAGCUAACAGGCACUUUCUGCUUUUAAAGUAGGGGCCAAUGACGCAUGAUGGGCUGACUCAUUUAAGACCACACUGACGCUGGCG